AUGUUAGCCGUGGGGCAGAUGGAGGCUAACCGCCAGGGCGCCUUCGUGCUGAGCAGUACGCCGCUGGCCGCGCUGCACAACAUGGCCGAGAUGAAGACCUCCCUCUUCCCCUACGCCUUGCAGAGCCCGGCCGGCUUCAAAGCGCCCGCCCUGGGCGGCCUCAAUGCGCAGAUCCCGCUGGGCACGCCGCACGGCAUCAGCGACAUCCUGGGCAGACCCGUGGCCGGCGCUGCCGCUGCUGCUGCUGCUGCCGCCGCCGCCGGCAACCUGCUCUCCGGCCUGCCCCGCUUGAACGGACUGGCCGCCGCGGGGAUGUAUUUCAACCCGGCCGCCGUCUCCAGAUACCCCAAGCCCUUGGCCGAGCUUCCCGGCCGGCCUCCGAUUUUCUGGCCCGGAGUUAUGCAGGGAUCGCCCUGGAGGGAUCCCCGGCUCGCCUGUCCCGGCCAGGCUGGGAUGGUUUUGGACAAGGAUGGCAAGAAGAAGCACUCGCGGCCGACCUUCUCGGGCCAGCAGAUUUUUGCGCUGGAGAAGACGUUCGAGCAGACGAAAUACUUGGCCGGUCCGGAGAGAGCCCGCCUCGCCUACUCGCUGGGGAUGACGGAAAGCCAAGUCAAGGUCUGGUUCCAGAACCGGCGGACCAAAUGGCGGAAGCGGCACGCCGCCGAAAUGGCCUCGGCCAAGAAGAAGCACGAUUCGGAGACGGAGAAGCUGAAGGAGAGUUCGGAGAACGAGGACGACGACGAGUACAACAAGCCGCUGGACCCGAAUUCGGACGACGAGAAGAUCACGCGGCUCCUCAAGAAGCACAAAGCGGCCGCCGUUGCCGCCGCCGCCGCCCCCCUGGCCCUGCUCAGCCCCUGCAGCAACGCCUCGGAGCCCUCGUGACUGAGGCCCGGGCCUGACCCGUCCGCCCUCCCGCCCCUCCUCUCCGCCGGCCAAGCAGGGUAGUCGACGCCAGCCUCGAGACUGGCCGCCGCCACGUCGUGUACAGCCCGCCGCGUGUCGGGAAAAGUCCUUUCUGUGUGUAUAUAUAUAUAUAUAAAUAUAUUUUUACCGAAUAAG